AGCACAACCAGUCCUGCCAUUCCACGGCUGCCAUCCGACGUUGCAGACGAUUUCUCCAGCCCUGGCUCGCAAACUACCAGCGCAGCCUCUGCAAUCUUCCACGUCCAUUCUAUCCCUCCCGAGAUACUCACCUGCAUCUUCCUCUGGCUCAUCACUCUCAACCCUGUUGUCGGACCACCGGGCGGUGUGUCGUCGCAUACUAGACUUGCCUGGAUCGUACCAGCGACACAUGUGUGCGCGCGUUGGCGCGCCGUAGCAAUCGAAAAUCCGUGUCUCUGGACAGAGAUCAAUCACAAUACCAUUGGCGUCGAGUGGGCUCUGGAGAUGGCGCGUCGCGCCUGUCAAGCGCCUAUCGAUGUGUACACGGAUGCAGACUGCAAGCCGCUCUUGGACUACGUCGUCAAACACAUCGACUACGUGCGGCACCUUCAGCUUAGAGAUGGCCGGCAAGGCAACUUGACCUCGGUCCUCGCGCGCCUCAACCGCCCCGCGCUAAUGUUGGAAUCUGUCGAGAUCUACUGUAGGAGCACGAGCACGCUGCCUACAGACCUUUUUGCAAACACCACCCCACGCCUGCGCCACGUCUGGCUCGGCGACUACUACGUCCCUCCAAAUCACACCGUAUUGUCGGCAAACCUCGUCUUGCUGAAAAUCAACAUGAGGAUGACUGAUCGGACGCCACCGGAAUACACCAACGAUGAGCUACUUGACGUCCUCGAGCGAAUGCCGGACCUCGAGGUCCUACAUCUCAACCCCCUCCCGUUGCCUUUCCCUGCUUCAAUGAGCCACUCCCGCAGCGUCUCCCUUCUGCACCUCGAUGUGCUGCGUCUUGCAGGCGGUCUGAGUGGCUGUCGCCGUCUUGCAGCUAGUCUCGAUCUCCCUGCCCACACCUCGAUCCGGAUGAUAUGCAAAUCUUUCUCAAACAACGGGGAGGACUGCCAUCUGCUUGUCCCAUUCAUCACCGAGCGGAUCGCCGCGGCAGCCACGAUACACCCCAUCGAGUAUCUCUACGUGAACAGCCUGUGGAUUACGUCCAUCAGGCUUGCCUUCGGACCUAUUGAACCGCACACGACCCGAUUCAGCGCUCUGCCUCUCGAUGUUGACAUUUAUCUCCCAUCUCCCGACGGUGAGGUCCUCCGGUGGCUGUUUGAGGCCGUCUGCGCCGCGCUUCCGCUGGAAGAGCUUCGAACGCUGUCGAUAUUUACGGGCCAGGAGAGUUGGUUCCAUCCAGGGCACUGGCAGGAGACGCUCCGCCCCGCGAAGCGAGUGGAGACGGUAAACGUGCGGGGCUCGGCAGCUAGGCAUCUUGUGAGCUCGCUCAGCAUGGAAUCGCGUGCGGGCGAGCCGCCAGAUGAAGCACCGACUCUGCUAUUUCCGGCAUUGAAAACCCUCGCCUUGUGGGAGCUGUUGGGCAUCCACGACGUCGCGCCAGGGACACCGCGAUCAGAUGAAGAGCUCGCGGGAGCACUCGCUUCUCGCACGCCGAAGGCACCGCUCAAGACGCUGAAGCUUUUGGAUUGCGAUGUGCAGAAGAAAUGGAUAGAGACCUUUGAAGCCGUCGUGCCUACUGUCAUCGUAGAGUCUGACGCUCGGUUCCCGAUACCGUUCGAUUACUUUGGCCGUAUGCAUGAUCAUAGGUAGGGAAUCGAGCGUCUCAGCACUCUCUGUCACACUUUUGUUACCGAUCCCGAUCCUCCAUGUAAGUACGCGCUCUGAUUCUGACACACGGACGAGAACUGGACGAGAGUGGGUCCACAAGU